GGGAAUGGUGGGCAGCGACCGGGAAUGGCGGGGAGCGGCGGCUUUUCCCGUGCCUUCAUCCCCUCAGCGGCCGCCCCGGGCUGAGGCGGCGGAGCGGGAGCGGGGCUGGGGCAGCCCGGGCGCCUCGGGGAGGCCUCAGCUCCUCCAAUUUAUUUCUAAAUGCUAUUGUGUCUGAAAUCCCGCCCUACCAGACCUUUUUUUCCUCUUUCUGAUGAAAAUAAGUGCAAAUAUAACCUCAUCCCGAAGAAUUGCUUAAAAAAGCCCGUCAAACUAGAAUAUACCGCCAUUUCCGUAGGCAUAAGGAUUGUUCCUCGAUUUGUAGUGUGCUGCAGGGUGUCUGCAAACAGAAGUGAACUGACAACUCUGGUAGUUUUUAAUUCCAAAAAAUAUGAAGAUUCUCACUUUGCUGCUGAGAUUCCCUCAUUGUUACUUCUCCAGAAGAACUUACUUCACGAACUUUCACUUUGCGUCCCGAGCAGAUUUCCUGGGCAUUGAAUCUCUUGGGCCAGCGCACUGCUGUCGUACAAAAUGGAUUUGUUCAUCAAAUGGUUUGAGGAGAGAGCUGUGCCAGCAAGCAGCCCCUGAGCAGCAAGUAGAGAGACUUUCUGACUGGGAACAGAGACUCGUAGACAGACUUUACCAUGGACUAAUCCAGGGUCAUAGAGCUUGUUUAGCCGAAGCCAUUACACUUAUAGAAUCAACUCAGAGUAGGAAGAAGAAAAUAGCCCAGGUGCUCCUUCAGAAGGUAUUAUCCUACCGCAGGGAACAAGAAAAGUUAAAUCAAGGAAAGCCACUUGCCUUUAGAGUGGGGUUGUCUGGUCCUCCUGGUGCUGGAAAAUCAAGCUUCAUAGAAUGCUUUGGGAAAAUGCUUACAGAAAGAAAACACAAAGUGUCUGUGUUGGCUGUAGACCCUUCUUCUAGUACAAGUGGUGGUUCUCUACUGGGGGACAAAACACGGAUGACUGAGUUGUCAAGAGACAUGAAUGCAUACAUCAGGCCAUCUCCAACCAGUGGGACCCUGGGAGGUGUCACAAGGACCACAAAUGAAGCCAUUCUGCUGUGUGAAGGAGGAGGCUAUGAUGUUGUUCUUGUGGAAACAGUAGGUGUGGGCCAGUCAGAAUUUGCUGUGGCUGAUAUGGUUGAUAUGUUUAUAUUACUGCUACCACCUGCGGGUGGAGAUGAAUUACAGGGCAUCAAACGGGGCAUCAUUGAGAUGGCAGAUCUCGUUGCCAUCAAUAAGGCUGAUGGUGAUUUAGUUGUGCCUGCCCGGAGAAUCCAGGCUGAGUACAUCAGUGCUAUGAAGCUGCUUCGCAAGCGUUCAAAGGUUUGGAGGCCAAAGGUACUGCGCAUCUCUGCCAAAACCGGGGAAGGGAUCUCGGAUAUGUGGGAUAAAAUGACUGAGUUCCGUGACCUCAUGCUCACAAGUGGCGAGCUGGUUGCCAAACGACGCAAACAGCAGAAAGUGUGGAUGUGGAACCUUAUCCAAGAAAACAUGCUGGAGCAUUUCCGGAGUCACUUGGCAGUCAAGGAUAAGAUCCCACUUCUGGAAGAAAAAGUUCUUAGUGGAGUCUUGUCUCCUGGACUGGCAGCUGACCUGCUGCUGAAGGCAUUCAAAAAUGGUCUCUAAGCAUUGUUUUCUACUCUGUUCUUGCUAAGUGCACAAUUAUGUAAAUGUGAACAUUAAAUACACUUUCUCUAUGUGUGGAUUCAAAUGUUUUACUGCAGCAGACAUGAAUAGAAUACCUAUCCAGUACUCUGCAAAAGAAUUCUGUUGGAUUCUGUAUAUGCAGCGAUCAUGACAAAUCCAAAGGCUCACUCUCAGAUUACUACACACUAUAUUGGAAAAAAAAUUAAUUUCCAAAUCGCCAAUUUGUACAUGCCAUAGAUCUGUUGAUGAAAACUGGAUGCCCAUGUAAAAUGGUUGGUUUUGGGAGGGUGGGAGAGUGAGGUUUGUGGUGGUGCAAGGUUUGAUUCUGGUUGUGGGGUCAUCUCAGUGCAGUUGACACUGCAGCUUUCCAUUCUAAUAUAGCAGCAGCUGUUGCCAUAAUGGAUUGCAUUUUCUUUCCUCACCUUGAGUGACAGCAAGAACAUUGGACUGCCUGACAGCACCAGACCACAGCCUUAGUUUUAAAUAAAUUGUAUACAUAGAACAUAGUGGUGUUUGGUCCCUCUUUGGAAGCUGUAGUUAGUUAUUAUACACUGUACAGUAGGAGAAGGGAAUUUUAACCAUCCCAGUUUCAAAAUAGACGCUUUAUUAAAAAGCAAAAUUUAGUUAAGACUUUUUUUUACAUGCAGACAUCAGAUGGAACAAAUGUUACCCAUAAUGUUUUAAUAGCAAAUGUCUUUAUACUAGAAUAAUUUAUCUCUAAAAAUAAUGUUUUAUGGUUUUCUGAUCUGACAUGUUUUUUGGAUUCAAACAAAAUGGCCAGGUGUGUUUGGUAUUUUUUCUUUAUCUCUUGCAGAAGACAGGACUGCUUCCAACCAAAAGCACUUUUAUUUUUUUAUUUUCCCUUGAGAAAAAUCUGGGCGAAACAUUUUCCUGAUCUGUGAUCUAGAAAGCAGAGCUCAUCUGGUACCCACUAAAUGUGAAGGAUAAAGUGGAAAAGUGCUGAUUUUUGGAGACCUGGCAGUAAAGCCAGUAACACAGGAGAAUUUGGUGAGCCUGUUGGUGCUUAGAUGAAUUAAUUUUUAAAGAAAUAUAAUGGAAGUGAUGAGUUUCUCAGUUUUGAUUUUCCGGACAUGUACAUGAAAGGUAUGGUGACUUUAGCUCAGUUUCACCUGUUUGGGCUCUGGCAACCCAAUUCUAGUAUAGCACUGAAUUGGGUUACUUAAAUCCUCUUUUUACCUUCAGGGUGUUUUCAUUUGGACUUUUUUCCCAUCAAUAUAUUUUUUUCUCUUCUUUCCCCUUGUCCCAGUUAUUAUAUUUUGUUCCCAACUUUUUCCUGCUAGACACUGUUUGCAGUGAAAUACUACAGAAGGACAUUGUCUUUUGUGUUUUGGGGCUGAGGCAUUUCUUAGUUAAGACAUUUUGCACUGGGGUAGCUGGUAUUAGUGGUUUCCACCACAUAAAUUGUCAGAACUUCUCUGACCACUUAUUCUUGUUUCUUAAUCAGUACUUUGGGAUUGCUGCAGUCAAUCAACAAAGAAGCAGCUAUAGGAAUGUAUGGAGUGGAAUGUAUGGAGAAGCACAGUGACUGUUAUGACCAUGCUGAGUUGUGAGAGAAAUGCAGUGCUUACAGUUUCUUUUUUCUUUAAACAGCCUCUGUUGAAUGUGACAGAGAGUGCCCCAAACCAAAAGCAAUGUCUUGUGUCCUUGUGUCCUUUCAUCUUUAAAUAUUGACUGUAUUUUAUGGUACCUUGUAGAAGAAAUGACAGUCAGCUGGGAAAUUAAUUAAUGAGAGCAGCAGCAUUUUAACCAGUGAGUUCUCAACUUUUUGAUAGUCCAUUUGUUUCAGGUGGCAGUUUUUGAGGUGACCUCAUUUGUGUUUAUCUGUUAGAUCAAACCCUUAUUAUGGUCAUUACUUUGUCUUCUGUCAGGGACCACUGUUCUUGUCUGUUAUACACAAGCUGCCAAGCAAGUAAAACUAAAACCUGCAGCUUUGUUUAAAUGAGAACUGCUCAAGCAGAUUAUGUUUUACAGCUUCUUCAGUGUUUGUUUUCUGGGUGCAGAUCUGCUGAUCCACUCAAGCCAUGGGCUAUCAUUAUUUUCUCAUUUUGUUGCUUCUUUUACAGUAUUGUUAAUUUACAAAUGAACUCUUAGCAGAAGUGCAAUGGCUUAAGCAGGUUCUUUGAACUGCAUUUUCCUCUUAAAGCAGAGCAUUAAAUGAAAAUCAGCUUUGCCUUCUUUAUGUGUUCAGUUGUGCCUCAUGCUUCAGUAGAUGGAGAAAUCCCUUCUAUUCAAAAGGGUCUUUGGAAACGAAAUGGUAAAUGAGGGUCCCUGCUUAGUUUUUCAGUGAUUCCCUACCAAACUGAAAGGCUGUACUGUGCAAACUGUGAACUGAGCCUUCCAUGUGAGAAUCAGAUAGUUUUUUUUAUAGCCUGUAAAAUUUUGCUGUGAUGUGUUUUGGAAUCAACUGGUAUUCAAUUAAUUGUGCAGUUUUGUUCAUGCUCUCAUGGGCUGGCAGAUGCAUUGUCCUCAGAAAGACUGCAGAGCUUCAGCUGGUAGGCUACAACUCGGUAAACAAUCCAGUAUGUCCCAAGAUAGGGAAGAACAUUUCCAGCUUGUCAUUUUUAGCUCUGUGGGAUUAAAUUGGCUAAAAUGCAUUAAAAUAUUGCUAUACAAGUAAACAGGCUUCUGAAAAAAGAUAGUAAACAAAUCUGUUGAGUAGGAUGUUGACAUAUUCUUAGUUUCUGGAGUUGUCAAGCUGCUCUCAUGUUAACACUUAAACCCAGAACUAUUGCAGAAUAGUACGGGGAAAUAAUAUAACUUCAUGAGAAUACAAUAGCAAGAUGAAGUUUGUAGCUGGAGGUAUGAUAAACUGUUAGACAAAUGAGUAUGGGAGGUAAAGAAUAAACUCUUCAAAUACACAAACUUGUUUCCUACAAAGUCUUGCAGUUGUCUGUAAGUGUGAAACUUUUCCCUAGGUCCCUGUGUAGUGGAUGUUGCUGGUGUUUCACAGCUGGAGAAAACAAGUGUGGUGAGAUCAAGUGAUUUAUCCAGGACUCUGAAACAGGUCAGAGAGUGUAAGGGUUACAGUUCAGUAAUCUUUACUCUGAGCCCCACGUAUAUUUACAGCCACGUUACUUAAGGUUGAAAAAAUGCUCUUAGCAAGUUCAUGCUCUUAGUGUGACUUAUUCCCUUUAUACCUAAUCUCUCUGUUUUCAGUGACAGGACCCAGUGACCCCUUCUUGACUACUGCUCUGUUGUAAUGUCCUGCUUUAAGUAAUAAAAAACUUCUCUUUGAUAUCUAA